CAUGAACCCUCAAAAGGAUAAAACAAAACAAAACAAAACAAAACCAACGUUGUCUGCUUGAAAACCAAAGGUAAUGCUUUGUUUAGCUUCACCAUACCAAGAUGCCAUUAUUUCUUCUUCAUCCCUGUAAGUCUUCCUUGUUCUUCACCUGCAACUCCUUCAUUUUCAGCCAGAAACCACUAACAAACUCAACCAAACAAAUAUCUCCAACUCCCCACAAAUUUUGUUAUUUUCCCAAUAUUGUUCUUUCCCCUCCUCAUGGUUCAAUCGUUACUAAAAAAGUUUCUAUUUUGAGUGGUGCCCACUUCAAGUUUUGCUCUAGGAAUGGUGGGUUUGAUGGGGUUUCCAGUGAUAUAUCUCGAGAAGCCAAUGAUGACGAAAUUCAAGAGCUUGAAGGUAUUGAGUUGUUGAACAAGCCUUCACCUGUUUUAAAAGUUGAGAUAGAACAAGAUAAACCUUCGAAAGAGGAGGCUUUAGCGCCGUUUUUGAAAUUUUUCAAAGAGGGUAAGGAUUAUGUGAAGGAAGUUGAAGAAGAUAAUGAGGUAUUGGAAGUUUCUAAAGAAAAAGAUAAUGUGGGUGAUGAGAAUGAAAAGGGAGAUGAUGAAAAAGAAAAAGAAAAGGAACAAGAAGAUGAUGAUAAGAAGGUUAAUGUUGAGUACUAUGAGCCGAAACCAGGCGAUUUUGUGGUUGGUGUUGUUGUUUCUGGUAAUGAAAACAAGCUUGAUGUGAAUGUUGGGGCAGACUUACUAGGUACAAUGUUAACUAAGGAAGUGCUUCCUUUGAAUGGUAAAGAAAUGGAGAAUUUGUUAUGUGAUGUGAACAGGGAUGCAGAGGAUUUUACGGUUCGGGGGAAGAUGGGAAUUGUAAAGAAUGACGAAGUAAUGAGUGGAGUAUCAGUGCCUGGAAGACCUAUUGUAGAUACUGGAACCGUUUUGUUUGCCGAGGUUUUAGGUAGAACACUUAGUGGUAGGCCAUUGCUUUCUACUAGAAGACUCUUUCGCCGGAUUGCUUGGCGUCGAGUGAGGCAGAUACAACAGCUCAAUGAACCUAUUGAGGUUAGAAUUACAGAAUGGAAUACUGCCGGCUUGUUAACAACGAUUGAGGGUUUGCGAGCUUUUGUACCUAAAGCUGAGCUUGUGACACGAGUAAAUAGCUUUACCGACUUGAAAGAAAAUGUGGGACGCCGAAUGUAUGUAGAAAUUACUCGAAUAGAUGAAGCUAAAAACUCUUUCGUACUUAGUGAAAAACAAGCUUGGGAAAAGCUAUAUCUUCGGGAAGGGACAGUUAUAGACGGAACGGUAAAAAAGAUCUAUCCGUAUGGAGCACAGAUUACGAUAGGAAAAAGUAACAGGAGUGGGUUGCUGCAUGUUUCAAAUAUCACACGAACUGAAGUUACUUCUGUCAGCGACAUACUUUCUGUCGAUGAGGAGGUUAAGGUUCUUGUCGUGAGGUCAAUGUUUCCCGAUAAAAUUGCUCUAAGCAUUGCAGACCUUGAAAGUGAACCUGGCCUUUUUCUUUCAAACAAAGAGAGAGUAUUUCUUGAGGCUGAUAUGAUGGCACAGAAAUAUAAGCAAAAGCUACCUUCUCCUCCUCCUAUUGUCACUACAAGAGGACCUUUGCCGACGAGUGAUUUGCCAUUUGAAAAUGAAGCACUUUAUGCAAACUGGGAGUGGUUUAAGUUUGAAAAAUGAUGACGAAACAAGUUUUCAUAGAAGCAUAAAAGAAAUUAUUCGUCGAGCAAACUCAAUUGAGAGAAUCUGAUAUUGCAUGAAACACUUGUUCCAUGACAGCCCUGCAUUUUUGGAAGAUAACAUAAAGAACCUCCUCGAUUGUCCGCAUAUGUUGUUUGGGCACAUAACAAGAGUGUGUUGUGAAGUAUACGGCGAAAAUAAUCGCGGCCUAGUUCACUUUUUUUUCACCUUUAAUUUUCUUCUAUCUUGUCGACAAAACAAAGGUUUACAUUGAAUUUUUUCUUCAUUUUUUUGAGUUUCUCCCCCCUCCUUGUUAGGUGUCAUAUUAUAGAUAGAUUCAUAUAGUUGGAUGUAAAUUCUGAGGGAAAAACUAUAGUAAUUUAAUUUUGAUUUUUUGGUCA